CUAAAAUUAGCAUUCGGAAACCACAGAUUCAUUGGUCGACGAGGAUGUCCGCAGACGGUGCAUUGCGACAACGCGACGAACUUCCUCAGGGCGAGUCGCCACUUCCUGGCUCUUCGCGAUCGGAUCGAUGAGCAGGCGGACGCAAUUCGCGAGUUCGCAUCAAAAAGCGGAUGCGAAUUUGCGUUCACACCCCCUCGGGCUCCGCACAUGGGCGGACUAUGGGAGGCAGGUGUGAAAACUGCAAAGCACCAAAGCACCUUGGCGGGCCGCUCAUCGCAGCACCAGCACUCCGGACCCCGGACCAGGCGGGUCUCAGUUGCUUGCGGCGAUGGCGGCUUGUCUCGUCAGUCAGGCAAACGUUCUGGCGGCGAUAGUCCCGGGAAUAUGUCCUGGGCCUUCAGGUUCGGGGCAAGUGGCACGAGGAGAACGUCGAGGAGGGCCAAGACUCAGUUAGGCAGGGUUGUUUCUGGAGCCUGCAGUCGCUUAGAUCUCACGGGCUCCACAACUGAUUGUCCACCUACUGCAUCAACGGAGAAGCCAGUUCUGGAAUUCCGUCAAAGAUCCUCUCUUGGAAAAUCUCCGCACACUAUAGGAUCAGGACAGCCAAUAAAGCUCACGUGCCUCGCUUUUACCCUCUAUUGACCAAGAUGGCCUUCGUCGAGUUUAUAGGCAGCUGGGUAAGUCUUCGUUGGAGUUAGUAACCGAAAUCCAAUCAACAUACCGAAGGAUCAUACAGCAGCUGGAUCGUUAAAGCGAGCAGUGAAUAAGCUGCGUCUGCUGCCCCUUAAGAAGUCUGUUGAAAGCUACACUUUAAACGGGUAUGUCGGGUCUCGCGGCUGCUGGAAAUUCCUAAAUUUCGUAUGUGUAAACAUGCCACAUUUGGAGACACACUUCAACUGCAUUAUCUUUGUUAUCUAUGCAGAUCAGCUGCGUAAGCUCUUCCCUCUCGUGCUUCCUAUCUUGUUUAUUACUCUCACACCUACACUUUUGGCUUACUGUUCACUCUGCAAUUAAUUCGGUUUGCAUUUAAUUCUCUUGUUUCGUACCCCAAGCAUGCAUAUCGCCGUCAAAUUUCUUGAAGAAAAAUAAAUUAAAUCGCUUUAAUUUGCUACCAUAAAAAUCAUCUUUUCAGAAGAAGCUAAAAAAAAAGGCUUAUUAGCUCAACACACAUUGAAAGGCCUUAAGUACACAACAUUUUAUCAUUUAUUUAUAUAUCUUUAUGUAUAUACAUAUGAAGAUCUAUAAAAGCAUGAGCUUUUAAAAUCCACUAUGUUUAUUCAUAAUUUGAAGUAAUUUCAAAUUAGAUUUUAAUUUUUUUAAUUACAACUGC